GGCGGCCGUGGGGGCGGGGCCAAAGCUUCUGCGGGUCGUCGCGCCGUCUGGGCCGUCUAAGCUCCUGGCUUUUGCUCCACCAUGGCUCCCAAAGGCGGUUCCAAGCAGCAAUCCGAAGAGGACCUGCUCCUUCAGGAUUUCAGCCGCAACCUCUCGGCCAAGUCCUCAGCGCUCUUCUUCGGGAACGCCUUCAUCGUGUCCGCCAUCCCUAUCUGGCUAUAUUGGCGAAUAUGGCAUAUGGAUCUUAUUCAGUCUGCUGUUCUGUAUAGUGUGAUGACCCUAGUAAGCACUUAUUUGGUAGCCUUUGCCUACAAAAAUGUGAAAUUUGUUCUCAAGCACAAAGUAGCACAGAAGAGGGAAGAUGCUGUUUCCAAAGAAGUGACUCGGAAACUUUCUGAAGCUGAUAAUAGAAAGAUGUCUCGCAAGGAAAAAGAUGAAAGAAUCUUGUGGAAGAAGAAUGAAGUUGCUGAUUAUGAAGCUACAACAUUUUCCAUCUUCUAUAACAACACCCUGUUCCUCGUCUUGGUCAUUGUCGCGUCCUUCUUCAUCCUGAAGAACUUCAACCCCACAGUGAACUACAUUCUAUCCAUCAGUGCUUCUUCGGGACUCAUCGCCCUCCUGUCCACGGGCUCCAAGUAGACCAUGUCAACUUCGCCCCUAACUUUGUGUCUGUGGGUGGCCUGUGGUACAUGGAGAAGUAGCAGGCUGGUCAGGGUGGGAGACACGGAAGGUGUUUGGAGUUUGAGGGUUUGAAAAACCCAACAAAAUGCAACUCAGUAUUUGUUUAUUGGCUCUUUUUUUGACAGACUGUUGAAAUUAAAUAAAUUGAAAGGGAAACUCAGAGUACCAGGACAUUUAUUAAAAGGCAAAAAGUGUCUCGCAAUGUAUAAUGCUAUAAUCACAAGAGGAGAAAAUAACUUGUUUCCUUGAUUUGUCAGAGGUCACAGUAACCUGGGCUGACUGUUAUUAUUUAUAAUAAUAGCAAGAAGUUAAUAACUGGUUCUGUGUGUUCCAAGCACAAUAUUACAACUUUUUUUGAACCUUAAAUAUCAGAAUGAAUCCCUGGCGGGAGGGGAGUGCGGGCUAGGCGGAUUGAACUUCAUGUUUAUAGUUUCCUGAAUUUGUGAUUUGAUAUACUCAUAACUCAAAGUUAAAAACAUGGCUUCUCCAACUUGGGGAAGAGAAACUUGUGGAAAAGUACUUUGAAAAAAAAAAAGAAGAAGAAGAAAGGUAGCCAAGGUAAUAACCUAAAAAUAGUGCCCAGGCAUAUGCGAGUUGUCCUGUGGGGUUAAAGCACACACUGUUCAGCUGGACGGCGUUGGCCUUGGGUGGCCAAGGAGGUCAGUUUGACCCUCCCAUAUUGGUUUGCCUUGUUUAUAGAGACUGGAAUCGUUGUUUUCUUUGAGUAUGGUCUCAGACCACUGGAGGAAUGUUCGGUAAGAGAGAGAACCUCUUUCCUGAGUAUUGAUGUGUAAAUUACCAAAGUAAUUUUCAUGAUCUUAGUUCCAGAAUUCUAAGAACACGCCAAGGAAUUAACGGUGAUUUUAGUGCUUAUCGGCAUUUUUCCAUGAGGACUUUUAUAAAUUUGACCCUUUUAGUCCAUAGGUUCCCAUCGAUUGUAAAUAAAAUACUGAUCUCUUCAGCUCUUGGGGCUGAGAGCAAUCUCUUGCAUUUUUUAACCAGUGUGAGUAUAUAGAUACUAUCAUUUUCUUUGUUUGCCAUGCAUGAUUUGAAAAUAAGUUUGGGAAGCUCUUCUUGAAGCAAUAUCAUUUAAAAGGUUAUGGAAUCCCAGAUGAUAGUGGUUUCAUAUUCCUAUGAGCUUUUGACCAUCUAGUAAUUUCUUAUAGGCAGUAGCACAAAGGAAAUACCAUUAUUUCUAAUGCCCAGUCUUAACUUGAAUCUUUAGUUUUCACUUCUUAAUUUAAGGUGAAUGUUGCAAAUAAUACUUGCUGUUUUACUUAUAACUUUAUAGAAAGGUAUUCGUGAGGAGUUCAUUUCUCACUUACCUGUCGGAGACGUUGUCAGGCCAUGUCCAAGAAGCAGGAAAGACGACAUUUGCACAGUGGUCUUCAUUGUCUUCAGGUGAGGGGUACAGUAGGUUGGUGCAAAAGUCAUUGCGGUGUUUGCAGUUAGUUUUAACCUGUUAAACUGCAAUUACUUUUGCACCAACCUAAUAUUUCAUCAUUGUUUCUAGAAGUUUGAAAUUCUUUACUUUUAUUUUGGUGCGUUAUGCAUGUGCCAUCACUGGAUAAUAUGGGGUGAAUGGGAAGUCAGAAGAGAUUCACUGCACAGUAGUUAGUGUAACACAUGAGAGGUUUAUUUUUAUGUUUUAACCUUUUUUUCCCCCGUUGAUAAAUAGUAGUUUGAGUAGUGGCAUGGAGUUUAUGUACCAAAUACAUUUGCUUCACAAAAUGACUAUUUGACUAUCAACAUCUAUUUGUUACUUAUAUCUGGGCCACGUAUCUUUUUAAAGGGCAGGUGAAAAAUUGCCACUAGAUGGCAGUGCCUGUGUAGCUGGGGAAAUUGCCACCAUUCUCACUAUUACACAAUGUAGCUGAAAUGGGGUGGUGAAAUAGAGGCCUGUGCUUAAUAAACUGAAUAAUUUGAAGAAAAGCAAGUAAGCAACAUUUGAUUUUGGUUCUGAAUUUUUUCUCCAGCACUCUUUUGUUUUUAAUCUUUAUAAUGGUUUCUAACUUCUUAUACUGUUAGAUAAAUUUGUGUGCAUAAGUUUAUGACAUGUACUCACAGUUCCACAGUUUUCAUUCAGGAUACCAGUACUUUACUCUUGGGGAUUACAGAACCUUUUCUCCAUUCCUCUCCCAUCGUCUGAAAUGACUCUGUGGUACACAGAAUUAUGAUUUAUGGUUUAGUUAAUAAAAACUUGCUGUAGAAUUUUUAUCUCAAAAGACCCCCCCUUGUCCAACAGCAGUAAAAUAAAGGGUUCUGCUCUAAUUGAGAUUCAAAGUGAUUAAAUUCCUUUUUUUACACCCCUAGUGAUAAGUAGGGGCAUAAAGUACUGGAAAAUUUUACAUUUCCCUAUUUUUAAUUUUUUUACAACUUAAUAAAAAUCUUGGAUUGAAAUUAUUCUUAGCCAGUAAAAAUUUACUGGUUGUCCUGUUUGAUAUAUUAUUCUACCUUGGAAAGAAUAAUUUGAAGUAAGUUUUGAAGUUAACUGAAAUGAGGUUGGAUUCAUAUCUAAAAUUCUUGUGAAAGGCCUUAUUAAGUAUCAUUAAACUUUGCUUUUUAAAA